CCACAGGACCAGAGAGAGAGAGAGACGUAUUUGUGAUUCGCCAACCAUACCUCUCAGUUCCUAUCGGAGAGACUGGAGGUGGCAGAGGUUCAUCUGCUGCGGAUAAACCAGGAUUCUCAACUCAGCAGCAAAAUGACUUCCCUCACCGGAUCUACGGUUGUGUUGCUAACCAUUCUUCUGACGCAUUUUGUGGCUCAAGGUGUCAUUAAUAUCAAAGACAUCGCACACUCGCCAUGCCGAAUUGCAGGGGUGCUCUUAGCCGAGUCUUCGGAUCACAAGUAUAAGUUCAACUUCACCAGAGCGGAAAGUGUGUGCCACGUGCUGGGCUUACAGUUGGCUAGCAAGAACCAAGUGGAGAAAGCAAAUAAAUACGGCUUUGAAACGUGCAGCUUUGGAUGGGUGUCAGAACAAUUCGUGGUUAUUUCACGUAUCCAACCCAAUGAGAAAUGUGGGCAAAGCAAAACGGGACUUGUACCAUGGAUGACAGUAAACGCUGCCAAGGACUUUCAUGCGUACUGCUUCAAUGCAUCGGAUACCCGGAAGAAUUCCUGCAAACCAGAUCCACUAACGACUAUAAUUCCCGACACGUCCAAGGCGCCCUCGAGUACCGCUGAGUCUGUACAACCUGGAGCUUACGAUACGACCACUAAAGCUUUUGAUACGACCCCUAAAGCUUUUGAUACUACCCCUAAAGCUUUUGAUACUACCCCUAAAGCUUUUGAUACGACCCCUAAAGCUAAUGAUACGACCCCUAAAAUUAUAACUAUACUGAACGCGAUCACGACGACUCGCGGAUAUGUGAAAAUGACCACGUUUCGGCCAACAUUCACUACAACCCAAAUCACCACCACAUUUGUCAACGAUCUAUUGAAAGAGUCUACCAACAAACCACAGGCCGUCAAUGCUAAAGAGAGUUUUGGGGGUUUGCCAGCUGCCCUACUAACACUGGCGCUGGUAUUUUUCAUAGCCUUUGUGGUGUUGGCUGUUUGCUACAUCAAGCAGUACAAGACAAACUGGUUCUUCCCAAAAAACGAGGAAAAAGAAUCUGUAGAAACCAAAGUGUUUAAAGAAAACACAAACGCAGAGCAAGAGAGUUCCAAAGAGGAAGGCCAAAAAGCAAAUGGAAAAUCCGAGAUUCCGCAAGCAGGUACAGGGAAUUCCAUGGAGGCCGAAGUGUAGAGGCUUCUACCAUCUGUUUAUGAUUGGACCAAGAGAAAGGGCAGCUCUGUGUAAGGAUAUGUAGGCGUCAUGGCCGGACUUGCUUUGCCUCUGCGGUGCUUGGGUUAUACUUGUGGACUGUGAGGGCAGAGUGUUUUGUAAUAUUCGCCCAUUGGAGCCUCUGCAGUUAUUGUCCAUGAUUCAGUGCAGACAUACUCUAAAAUACACGGUUUAAGCCACAGACUUUCUAAAAGAGCCUUUUCAGAUUGGAAAUUGCAUUACAUGGCCAAAAGUAUCUGGAUACAUUUGAAGUCCUCAGCUAAAACAGUGACUGACCAGACUUUCUCCGGAAGCAAUGACAGCACGAAAGCUAUCAGUAGGGAAUGUGGGGUUUCUAUGGGGGAUCAAACAAACCUGCAGUGGUGUAAAGGGCUCAACUAUGGGAGCCUGGAAGAGUGGGAAUGCAUCCCCAGGACUGAUACAUGGAAAUUUAGCACCUGACAGACUGAUGGAAAAGUCUGGGUUUUGAAAAUAACAGGGGAACAACUACCGAAAUGUGCAAUGCCAAUUGGUGCAGGAGAAACAAUGUCCUGUUUCCAUGGUUUGGGCCCCUGGUUCCAGUGAAACUUUAAGGCAACAUCAUACAAUGACAUUCCUGAGUAUUCUGUGCUUCCUACUUUGUGCAACAGUUUGGGGGCCCUUUCCUGUUUCAGCAUAAUAAUGUCCCCCAUGCACAGAGCCAGGUCCUACAGAAUGGGUUUGCUGAGAUGGGAAGAACCUGACUGCACAGAGCCCAACCCAACUGACCCCCUGUGGGAUGGA